ACCCGUCUCGCGAGAGGCCCCCGUCUCUCUCUCCGACCUUUGAUUUCCGGGAAGAGGGUGUGGUGGCUUUUGCCCCUGGAAUGGACCAAGGCUGUCAUCGCGUUGUCGGUGUUUUCCGAUAAAACUCUUGAUGGAAUCGCUGCGACUGAGAGGGCGGGAGGGGGAGAAGGUUCUCCUUACCCUCUUCUCUCUCUCUCUCUCUCUCUCUCUCUCUCUCUCAUCCGUUACGCUACGUUCCCGGUCUUCCGCUGCAAGUGGAUGAGUUCAGAUCGACUGGGGAUUGUCCACAGUGGAGGAAUCAACUCGUUUCUGUCAACCGAUUUUGAGCAUCUUCUACUCCGUUGACCGAACUCGCCAUGUUCGUCUCCGUGUUUCUCCUAGUGGCGGUGGCCACGGCAGGGGAGGCCUUCUGGAUGGCCGAGAUCGCCCACCAAGGCAUCUCGCCAUACAACCCGAAUCCGAAGUACCAGAUCUUCCGCAACGUCAAGGACUUUGGUGCCGUGGGUGAUGGUGUGAAGGAUGACACGGCUGCCAUCAACCGUGCCAUCAGCUUUGACGACCGUUGUGCGCCUGGCGUGUGUAACCAGUCGACCAUCACCCCGGCCACAGUCUAUUUCCCUCCUGGAACGUAUCUCAUCAGCAACUCCAUCAUCGACUACUACUACACCCAGCUCAUUGGCGAUCCCACCGACCGACCCGUCAUCAAAGCCGCCUCGACCUUUGACCUGGACAAGUCCCUGGGACUCAUCGACGCCAACCCGUACACCGACGAAGGCAUGCUGGCCUACCUCCCCGUCAACGUCUUCUUCCGGCAGAUCCGCAACCUCGUCCUCGACACGACGGCCAUCCCGCCCGAAGGGGGCGCGCUGGGCAUCCACUGGCCGUCGUCGCAAGCCACGUCCAUCAGCAACUGCGAGUUCCGGCUGUCCGACGACCCGGAGAGCGAGCACGUCGGGCUGCUCAUCGACGGAGGGUCCGGCGGCCUGCUCAACGACCUGACCUUCUACGGCGGCAUGCUGGGUGCCAACUUCGGGAACCAGCAGUACACGGCGCGGAACCUCAAGUUCUACCACGCCCAGGUCGCCGUCAGCUACGUGUGGAACUGGGGCUGGACCUACAAGAGCCUCUACAUCGAGAACUGCACCACGGGGAUCCGGAUGGGGUACGCGACGUCCAUCACGAUCCUCGACAGCGCGUUCCGGAGCGUCGGGACCGCCAUCGAGACGAGGCGGCUGACGACGGGGACUCGGCCUCCCGCGGCCGGGUCGCUGGUCAUGUACAACGUCGUCUUCGAUGAGGUGGAGGAGAUCCUCACCGGCCCGGAGGGGGUCCUGAUCCCCGGCCAGGACGUGUCGUUCGCCCACGUGGGGUUCGUCAUGGGCCACGUCUACGACCCCUUCGGGCCGACCGAUGUUACGGGGAGCGACCCGGUCCUCUUCCCGUCGCCGCCGCGCGCCCUCCUCGACGGCGGCAAGGAAGGGAGGGGGUACUACGAGCGGUCCAAGCCGCAGUACGAGCGCGAACCGGUCGACGCGUUCGUCUCGGCGCGCCGUUUCGGCGCCAAGGGGGACGGGCGGGCCGACGACACGGACGCGCUGAACAAGCUCUUCGCCUUCUCGGCUACCACGAGCCUGAUCGCGUUCGUCGACGCCGGGACCUAUUUCGUGUCCGACACGGUGUUCAUCCCCCCCGGGGCCCGCAUCGUGGGCGAGGCGCUUGCGUCGAAUAUCCUCGGCGGCGGGGACGCGUUUGCGGAUAGUACCCGCCCGCGCCCCGUCGUCCGCGUGGGGUACCCGGGGGACAAGGGCCGUGUCGAGUGGUCCGACAUGAUCCUCGGCACGCGCGGCGCGGCGCCCGGGGCGCUGGUGCUGGAAGUCAACCUCGACGCGGGGGCGUGGCCCCACGAGCCGUCGGGGAUGUGGGACGUGCAUGUCCGGGUGGGCGGGUACCCGGGGACGGAGCAGAUGCUGGAGCAGUGCCCCGCGACGCCGGGCAAAGAGAUGGCAACGGCCGAGUCGGUGCCGGCGCAGUGCGUGGUGGCGUGGGGCAGCGUGCACAUCACGCGGCCGGCGUCCGGGCUGCUGAUGGAGAACUGCUGGGUGUGGAUCGCGGACCACGACCUCGAGGACCAGGAGUACGCGCAGAUCUCGCUGUACGCGGGGCGCGGCGUGCUGGUGGACAGCGAGCGGGGGCGGCUGUGGUUCUCGGCCAGCGCGUCGGAGCACCACGUGCUGUACCAGUACAGCUUCCGGGGCGCGAGGGACGUCUACAUGGGCCACAUCCAGACGGAGUCGCCGUAUUUCCAGCCCAACCCGCCGGCGCCGGUGCCGUUCCCCCUGGUCGAGGGGUACGGCGACCCGGACUUUGGGGAGACGUGCCGCGGGCGGGAGAGGCGCGACCCGCAUGACCCGGCCGUGGAGGCGAACGCGACCUUGACGGUGCCGUGCGCCAUGGCCUGGGGUCUCCUGGUGCGCGAUACGCGGGCGUUUUUCGUCUACGGGGCCGGGCUGUAUAGUUUCUUCAACAACUACGACACGGACUGCUCGCGGGAGGGAUACGGGGCUAUAUGUCAGCAGCGGAUCUUUGGGGUGACGGCGUCGUCGAACCCGGCUGUUGUGGUUUACAAUCUGAACGUUGUGGGCGCGAGGGCCAUGGUUACACGGGAUGAGGAGGACAUUGCGUGGUUUGAUGAUAAUCGGGCUGGGUUCACUUCGCUUAUUGCGGUGUAUGAGAAUGGUGGUGGUGAGAGGAGUGUGCCUGGGGGUUGAGGUUUGAUUUCAGCUGGUACGGAUGUCGUCUUGAAACCAUGCGCAGCAUGUAAAUGGAUAGACGGUAAUGACUGUAGAGGGAGGAAAGGAAAGGAAAGGGAAGAGGACGA